CCUUGUUUGCUAUCUGUCAUACUGUCAUAUUUUUCCUAUAACUGCAAUAUAGGUUGUGUUUUUUGAAGUUUUGCUAAUCAAGCGAUUUAUUCAAUUAUUGAAGCCACGAUGUCGGGUACCGAAGCCUCAAAUUUCAGUGAUAAUGAGAAUCUCUGUGUGGUUUGUUUUAAGAGCGUGGAAUUCUAUUCCAUCGGCGUGUGCGACCAUCCUGUGUGCUUCGAGUGUUCCACCAGAAUGAGGGUAUUGUGUCGACAAAAUGAAUGCCCCAUUUGCAGGCAAGAUAUGCCAAAGGUCAUUUUUACGAAAACUAUCGAACUGUUCGCCACCCUCUUCCCAAAAUUCGAGCGGUCCAACCUCCAAGACCGCAAAUUCGGAACUUUCUUUUGCACUUCGGACAUUCAGAAAGCUUAUUACAAAAUCCUUGAACAUCGCUGCCACAUCUGCCAAGACAGCGAAAGGAAGUGGCCUUUUAAAACGUUUCAACAGCUCAAAGAUCACAUGAGGAGAGAGCACGAAUUGUUCUACUGUGAUAUUUGCGUUGAAAACCUCAGGAUAUUCAGCUCGGAAAGGCGCUGCUACACCCGCCAGGAACUGGGGCACCACAGGCGAAAGGGGGAUCCGGAUAAUACCUCCCACAGAGGCCAUCCGUUAUGCGAAUUCUGCGACACCCGCUACAUGGACAGCGACGAGCUCUUCCGCCAUCUGCGGAGGAACCAUCUAUUCUGUCACUUUUGCGACGCCGACGGCAAACACCAAUACUACAACGACAUGGACGAUUUGAAGAGGCACUUCCGCGACGAGCACUACUUGUGCGAGGAAGGGGAGUGUAAGACUCUACCGAUGACUGCCGUUUUCAGGACGGACAUAGAUCUUAAAGCCCACAUAACAAUGGAACACAGCAGGCAUAUGAGUAAAUCCGCUACGAAGCAAGCUAGGACCUUGGAGCUGGAAUUUACCCUGGCUCCGAGACCGAGAAGUGAUAACUUGAGGAAUAAGCGGUACAACGAUCGCAGGGACAGGUACGACGAGGAAAACUUCCAGGGGGGCUACAACAUGGAACCAGGGGGACCCGGUGGGGGAAACGAGGGCACGAGUCGCUUAUUCGUGAACCCUAUAAAACCCCAGGAUUUCCCCGCGUUGGGCAACAACUCUAGCAUUACUCUGCAGUCGCGCCCCGCGACUACUGUCAAUUUCACAUCGAAACUCAACUCGGCUUUCAGCGGGGCGGAUUUUCCUUCCCUAGGCACACCUUCGAGCCGGGCGUCCCCAGCUGUAACAAUUACUACAAAUUCUGCCGCAGCCGGCUCGAGCAGGGCCCCCGAGGUCACUAUAACUAGAACCGUAAGGGGGCAACAGGGCUUGGCUAAGACGAUCGAUAAUUUUCCGGCGUUGGGCUCCAACUCCAGCGCUAGCGGUAGCACGGUUAGGUUGAGCGUCAACAACUCUCAAGAUCCGAAAGCUCCGAAAGUGUCAAUUCACGUCAAUCACAGACCCAACGGCAGCGUGACCACUCACAUAACGACGAGCACCUCGUCCUCCACCCAACAGAGACCCGUGGAAGCUUUCCCCGCCCUCGGUAACUCCACCACACUAGUCCAGCCCAUGUGGGUACAGGGCAAGUCGAAGAAGCAGCAAGAAACGAAGACCGCCAAGGUAGCGCCUGCCCCUCAACUACCGCCGAGUACUUUGGAUCAGUUCCCGAGCUUGGCCAAGAAGAAAAGUUCCGCCACCGUACCCGUCGCCAACACCUGGGUGAACCUGAAUAACAUCAACAGCUCCGGCGCUAAGAGCGCUAACGUCGGAUUGAAAGAAAACAGCAGGAAAAGCGAUACGAAACCAAAGCAGAAACAGAUCGAGGUCGAGAACAGGCUGCAGGAACUUAAAAUCAACGACAACGGCGACUCCAAGAACAAAAACAAGAAGAAGAAGAAUAAAAACAGCUCCGAAACUGAUUUAACGAAACAAGCUAAACCAAAAACUGACAAUAAAACAAACGAAUCGAAAUCUGUCAAAUCUUCGGACACUUUUAACAAAACAAAUGAAAGCGCGACGUCCGACUUUACCGAUAGGGUCAAUAAUAACGAAACGAACCAGAAAAACGGCCUAGUGAAGAAGCGUUCGGAGCUGAAAAUCGGCACAUUGACUAACUCGGGCGAAUCGUGUAACAUUUCCAACGAUUUCCCACCUCUGGGCGGCGAAAUGAAACCCCCGCCGGGUUUCAACGUCAAGCCGCCGCCAGGGUUCACACCCAGCGCGUUUCCUAGCCUGGGCGUAGCCAACGACUUAACUUUCACCUCGAGCAGCGGUCAGAGUUACGCCAUAACACCCGCUAGCGUAAAUUACCGGCCGCCGAACAACUUCCAAGCGAGGAACCAGAACUUGAUAAAACGGUUCAUGGCCGUGUUGAACAACAACGAGGCUAUAAAGGAGUUCAAGAACUACUCGGACUUGUUCCGUAACGGCGUUUUGUCCGCGAAGAAAUUCUACGAUCACUGCAAGGAAAUCUUGGGCGGCAGCUUCGAGGAGAUCUUCCCCGAGCUGUUGGUGCUCCUCCCGGAUAUUAAAAAGCAGAGGGAACUGUACGACGCUUACGACGGGGGCAACAGGAAGAAUUUGGUCAUCUGCGAGAAUUGCAAGCAGAUUAUUUUUAAGAGGGAGUUGACGGAUCACUACAACCACCACACGCUGGACAACCACUUCCCGAGCCUCGGCAGCAUGCAGCAGACAAAUAACGCUUGGAAGAAAUAGUAACGCGCGUUGGUUUUAAUAAAACGUCUUGACUAAGCCGAAUCGUAGCAUCCUUAUUCCCUAAAAAUUUAAUAAUUCAGGCUGUGGUAAUAUUUGUAACCAUUGCUGAUUUGAUGUAAUAUUUAUUUUUCUUUUUUUUGUAUACCGAAUAGCGUAAUAAAAAGUAUAUUAUUUUUCGUUGGGACUUUAUAUGCUCAAGUUUGUUGUUAUUUUCUAAUUAUUAAUCUUAGGUGUAAAAAAAGCAGCAGUUCUUUUGGGAAAUACUGUAUAAAUUGUAAAUAAAAUACUAUGUAUGUUAUAACUUUUA